AUGGCUGACCGCGUUCGCGUUAGAGGUCUCAGCAUCUUCAGACCGAUAAUAUACGGAAACACCGCGACGCUUUUGACCCCAGAGGAACGAGCAGCGUUGGACCCUAGUCGCCAUGAACACACUCAUCGCUGGACAGUCGCUGUCCGUAGCGCUGCAUCUGCUGAAAACUCGGACAUCGUCGGUGGUGCAGAUGACCUUGGUUAUUUCAUAAAACGCGUCAACUUCAAGUUGCACGACACGUAUAAUAACCCAAGCAGAGUCGUCGACAAGCCUCCUUUCGAAGUGACAGAGACAGGAUGGGGUGAAUUCGAUAUUCUCAUUCGUAUAACCUAUAUUGCCGACUCGGGUGAAAAAGCCGCUUCUGUCUACCAUCACCUCAAACUACAUCCAUGGGCUGGUCCAGGAGAACCAGAAAUUCCCUCUAUGGACGUUGCCAUCAAAGCCGGUCCAGUGCACUCCUGGCAGUACGACGAGAUCGUCUUCAACGAACCUUUCAACAGCUUCUUAAACACCCUCACUGCUCAUCCUCCGACGCUCCUCCCAAAGACCAAGAGAAGACCAGUUCCCUUCCAUAUCGCACACCCUCAGUCGCUGGAAGAUACCAAGUUGACGGAGACGCCCGAGUUCAGCCAGGAGAUGGAGAAGGAGGAGGCGGACCGACUUGAACAGGCGAAAAAGAAAACCGUAGCAGAGCAGGAGCGGCUGAGAAAUAUCUUGAUUGAGAAGGAGAAAGAGCUGCAAGAGUUGCAAAAGCUGGUGGGUAACCCAUAGUGGUACAUAUACCGUAAUGAAUAUGAUAUGUAGCAAAUAGUCUUGUAAAAUAUAACAUGUAUAGCAUUUAAUUCAUGUCCUUGCUUCUCUGCCCACAUCUUACCUUCCGAAAAACAAUUGCUUAUAACAUAAAAUCCUCCAUCGCUACAGAAGGCGUUCACGUCGGAGGGAGAUGGAGGACUUUCAUCGAAUCCAAUUCAGAUGUUCCGAGGUCUGGGAAAGGUCCUCAGAAUGUAGCAGUCCCAAGUGUCGAGUAUGCAUUCAGUUGAACACUGCCGAUUCCACCGGUUGUGCAUCGGGUUUGAUCAUCGCUCCUCUACAAAGGCUCUUGAAUGGGAACGCUGGAUCACCAGAGACAAGAAUAAUGGCCCGUCCGCCGCAAGGCAAACGAGAGCCUAUCAACGUCGUGAAUGGCGUAAGAUAGAAAUUAAUGAGAUGUCGGCAAGAGCUGCUUAGAAGU